UGAACGUGGUACCUUCAGACGUUUUUAAAUUGCUCCCAAGGAUGAACCAGACUUGUGGAGGUCCACAAUUUUCUUUCUGAGGUCUUGGCUGAUUUCUUUAGAUUUUCCCAUGAUGUCAAGCAAAGAGGCACUGAGCUUGAAGGUAGACCUUGCAAUACAUCCACAGGUACACCUCCAAUUGACUCAAAUUAUGUAUUAGCCUAUCAGAAGAUUCUAAAGCCAUGACAUAAUUUUCUGGAUUUUUCCAAGCUGUUUAAAGGCACAGUCAACUUAGUGUAUGUAAACUUCUGACCCACUGGGAUUCUGAUAUAGUGAAUAAUAAGUGAAAUAAUCUGUCUGUAAACAAUUGUUGGAAAAAUUACUUGUGUCAUGCACAAAGCAGAUGUCCUGUCCAACUUGCAAAAACUACAGUUUGUUAACAAGAAAUUUGUGGAGUGGUUGAAAAACGAGUUUUAAUGACUCCAACCUUAGUGUAUGUAAACUUCUGAUUUCAACUGUAAAUUUAAAAAGGGAUGAAAAGAUUUUUCCCCCUCCUGAUUUACACAACCUACUCCACAUUUUCAAAGUGAAAGAAAAAUGUGAGAUUUUCUAAAAUUCUUGAUUGCGUAUGUCUUCACACCCCAGAGUUACUUGUUUGAGUCACCUUUGGCAGAAAUAAUUAAAGCUGUGAAUCAUGUUGAAUAAGAUUUCACUAACUUUGCACAUAUCUUGUAGCAAUACAUAUCUUUUGUGUUUGGAAAAAUUGCUGAAGCGGUCAAUUUGGUUGGGGAUCAUUGACGGACAGCAAUAUUCAAGUCUUUUCUCAGAUUUUCAAACAGAUUUAUGUCAGGACUAAGACUGGACCGCUCAGGAACACUCAACAUCUAUUAGAAAGUCAUUCUAAAGUGUCCUAAGUGUUAAAAUGUGUGUAAUCGUCCCACUGAUAAAUAAAACUACCACCGUGUUGGGUCUUCAAAAGACUGAGGCAGGUUUUCCUCAAAGUUUUUACAUGAGCUUUGCCCCUUUCAUAUUUAUUUUGGGCCUGACAAAACUCCCCAGUCCCUGCCUGUGACAGGCAUACCUAUAUGCUGACACCACAAUUCUUGAAAAUAAACUCAGCAAAAAAAGAAAUGUCCCUUUUUCAGGACCCUGUCGUUCAAAGAUAAUUCGUAAAAAUCCUAAGAACUUCGCAGAUCUUCAUUGUAAAGGGUUUAACCACUGUUUCCCAUGCUUAUUCAAUGAACCAUAAACAAUUAAUGAACAUGCACCUGUGGAACGGUCGUUAAGACACUAACAGCUGACAGAUGGUAGCCAAUUAAGUUCACAGUUAUGAAAACUUAGGACACUAAAGAGGCCUUUCUACUGACUCUGAAAUACACCAAAAGAAAGAUAGCCAGGGUCCCUGCUCAUCUGCGUGAACGUGCCUUAGGCAUGUUGCAAGGAGGCAUGAGGACUGCAGAUGUGGCCAGGGCAAUAAAUUGCAAUGUCCGUACUGUGAGAUGACUAAGACAGCACUACAGGGAGACAGGGCGGACAGCCGAUCGUCCUCACAGUGGCAGACCAUGUGUAACAACAGAUGCACAGGAUCGGUACAUCCGAACAUCCCACCUGCUGGACAGGUACAGAAUUACAACAACAACUGCCUGAGUUACACCAGGAACGCACAAUCCUUCCAUCAGUGCUCAGACUGUUCGCAGUAGGCUGAAUAGGCUGCCUCUCGUUCUUGCCUCGUUGCUCCAACUCCUCGUAAUGUCGCCGUUACGCUUUUGCUGCUUCUAUCUCCUCCUUCGGACGGCGAUACUCCCCGACCUGCGUCCAGGGUCCUUUUCCGUCCAGGAUCUCCUCCCAUGUCCACUCGUCCUUUUUACCACGCUGCUUGGUCCUUUGGUGGUGGGUAGUUCUGUAACGUCUCUCGUCGGAAGGCAUGGACCAAAGCGCAGCGUGGUAAGUGUUCAUUAUAUUUUAUUUCUCAAAAACACUCAUACAAAAUAACAAAGUGAAAAACUGAAACAGUUCUGUCAGGUGCAGACACUAAACAGAAACUAACUACCCACAAACACAGGUGGGAAAAAGGCUGCCUAAGUAUGAUUCCCAAUCAGAGACAACGAUAGACAGCUGCCUCUGAUUGGGAACCACACUCGGCCAAAAACAAAGAAAUAGAAAACAUAGAAUUAAAGAAACUAGAAUGCCCACCCUAGUCACACCCUGGCCUAACCAAAAUAGAGAAUAAAAGCCUCUCUAUGGCCAGGGCGUGACAUCACCCAAAAAAAUGAAUGGUAAAGAUUAGCACUGCAGAUCUGUAAAUUGCAUUAUGCGUAUCUUCUCUAUUCAUUUUGGAUUGUGCAUUUACACUGUAGCUCCUUCUACAAAACAGAAUGCCUGGGAUGUGGACUUAUCUGAAGAGAAGAUCGCUUUUGAGUCCAGAGAGCAUAGUUUGGAUGCCCAGAAAGCAGCUCCUCAAGGUUUCAUCAUGAAUAAAAACAAGCGAGGAGAAGAGAGGGAGCUCUACAGUUUAGAUGUCGGAGAUUCCACCUUCACUGUUCUGAAAUGCUACCAGAAUCUAAGGCCCAUCGGCUCAGGAGCACAGGGAAUCGUCUGUUCAGCGUAUGACCACAACCUUGAGAGAAAUGUGGCUAUUAAGAAGUUAAGUCGGCCGUUCCAGAACCAGACGCAUGCCAAGAGAGCGUACAGAGAACUGGUGUUAAUGAAAUGUGUCAAUCACAAAAAUAUCAUUGGCCUAUUAAACGUAUUCAGCCCACAAAAAUCAUUAGAAGAAUUUGCAGAUGUAUACAUUGUGAUGGAGCUGAUGGAUGCCAACUUGUGCCAGGUGAUUCAGAUGGAGCUGGAUCAUGAGAGGUUGUCCUACCUGCUCUACCAGAUGCUGUGUGGCAUCAAACACCUCCACGCUGCCGGCAUCAUACACAGGGAUCUAAAGCCCAGUAACGUUGUGGUGAAGUCAGACUGUACGUUGAAGAUCUUGGACUUUGGCUUAGCUCGGACGGCGGCUACAGGUCUGCUGAUGACCCCCUACGUAGUGACCAGAUACUACAGAGCACCAGAGGUCAUACUGGGGAUGGGCUACCAGGCCAACGUGGACGUGUGGUCAGUGGGUUGUAUUGUGGCUGAGAUGGUCAGAGGUAGUGUGUUGUUCCCAGGCUCUGACCACAUUGACCAGUGGAACAAGGUGAUAGAGCAGCUUGGGACUCCGCCCCAGGAGUUCCUGAUGAAGCUCAACCAAUCAGUGAGGACGUACGUAGAGAACAGGCCGCGUUACGCAGGAUACAGCUUUGACAAACUCUUCCCUGACGUCCUCUUCCCUGCAGACUCAGAGCACAACAAACUGAAAGCGAGCCAGGCCAGAGACCUGCUGUCUAAGAUGUUGGUGAUCGACUCGUCUAAGAGGAUCUCUGUGGACGAGGCCCUGAAACACCCCUAUAUCAACGUGUGGUACGACCCAGCAGAAGUGGAGGCGCCCCCUCCGAAGAUCACAGACAAGCAGCUGGAUGAGCGAGAGCAUACGGUGGAGGAGUGGAAAGACCUGAUCUGGAAGGAGGUGUAUGAGUGGGACGAGUGGACCAAGCAGAAUGGCGUGAUCAAAGGACAACCUCUUUUAGGUGCAGCAAUGAUUGACAGCUCCCCUCAGCACCCCUCGCCCUCAGCCAAUGACGUAUCCUCCAUGUCGACUGACCCCAGUGACCCUAGUGAACCCACCAUGACCUCUGACACGGACAGCAGCCUGGACAGCCACACCUCUCUGGGAGCACUGGCCUGCUGCAGAUAACACACACACACACCCCUGUCACGGUAUAUAGUUUAAAACACUUAAAGGGGAAAUCUGCGAUGGCUACAUAUUUUCUUUUUUGCCUUUUCAUUGAAUGAUAUAUACCAAUUGAUUCUUGAAGAAUAUAAUAUAUAAAUGCUUUUACUCCAUUGUUUGUAAACAAACACUGUAUAGCCUCAAAACAUGAUUACAUUGUGUUUACUCCAUUGUUUGUAAACAAUGUAAUUGUAAACAAACACUGUGUAUAACCUCUAAACAUGGUUAAAAUUAUACUUUUGAUACUGUACCAUGGAUGGUCAGUCCUUGCAUCCAUAGCUUUGUCUAUGAAUUUCAGAGCAAUUACAUUUCUCUAGCCCCACCCUAAGCUGCUUACCAAAAACAGUGGUGGGGUGACUGCUUUAUUGUCGUUUGAACUGCAGAUUGCCCCUUUAAGGGUCCGUAGUAAAAUAAAAAUUAUUAUUUAAAAUAAUUAUAUAAAAUUAUUUAUUUUUUAAAUGUACAGCUUCUUUUAUUUGCUAUGUCCCCUAUAUCAGGCAUUGCCGAUUGUGUACAUGCUGUAAAUUACUAUAUUUAUUUAUUUUCUUGUCAGCUUCUGUCCCUCCAAGCUGUGUAUGUCUAUGCUGUAAAUGAUAGUGGUUCAAAUCUCACAGUGGUUGGAACUUUUUCCCCUUUUCCCUAUUAGAAAGUGUUUUCUUACAAACACAUAUUUAUUUUCUAUUAUAAAUUGGGUGGUUCGAGCCCUGAAUGCUGAUUGGCUGACAGCUUUGGUAUAUGAGACCGUAUACCACGGGUAUGACAAAACAUUUAUUUUGCAUUAAAUUAAAGGAUUAAAUCACCUGGCCCAAAUACCUUUGUCACUUAGCCAUAUUUGUUGCUUUAUUUCUUCAACCAGUGGCCCAUCCAUCUUGGCUCUAACCCUUCAAUGUUUGCAGAUCUUUAGGUUUUGGAUAGGUAUAAACACCUGUGCAGGUCUACAAACAUCAAAGGGUUGGGGCCAAGGGGAAGGCGACGAAGGCUGCUUAUGUUUUAUUGGCGGGGCCAGGAGUCUUUCCUCAGGUCACAGGACCAGGAAAAACUCCCAGCCCCAUUGAUUUGAUUUAAGUGCUCUUACAGUUCAGGGAUUCUUGAAAGUUGGGACAAUCCUUGACCGGCAGAUAAACUUUAUUUUUAUUGUUUAUUUUGUUGCAUUAUUUGGUCCUAAAAAUUACAUUUAGGGGAAUUUUAUAAGGGGAAAGAUUUGCUUUUGGAAUUUUCUAAAUAUUUUCAAUAUUACACAUUUCCAUGUUGGCUCUAUGCCUGGAAAUGUCCUUGUUCGGAGCCAAGGUGGACAAUUUCAAACUCCAAAAAAGUGUUUAAAAUUCUUAAAACGGCAAUAAUGAAUAUUAACUGAAAAUGGAUCUUAGGUAGUUUCUUGCAUUAGACCUCUGACUUAAAAUAAUAUUUCUCUCAAAACUGUGAUUCCUAAAAAAAUAGUCAGGAGAUUUGAUGAACUCUGUCAGAUUUGUCUACAAUCAUAAAUUAAUCAAGAAUGAUCCGGGUCAGCUACACCUCAUGGACCGUUUCUUAAUGUCCUCAUUACAUAUAGUGCAACAAAACCACUCAUGGUCUGCAAAGUGAUCUACUUUUGAUAGAUUUAAAGAAACAAUAUUGAACGUCAACUCCGUCAGAGUGCUGAAAUAUAUGAUAGAAUGGUUAUAUUUUUAUUGGGAAUUUUCAAAUAAAUCAUUUUCUAUAUUUUACAAAUGUUUGUAUUGAAGUUUUAUUUUUAGAAGCAAAAAUAUGUCUGUUUUGUUGUCAACUCCGUCAGUGGCUUGUCAUCUCCGUCACUGAUGGCUAACCCCUUUUUAAGGUCAAUAUUUUGUCAAUAUUCUGAAAAUAUAUACAGCUGAAGUCGGAAGUUUACAUACACCUUGGCCAAAUACAUUUAAACUCAGUUUUUCACAAUUCCUGACAUUUACUCCUAGUAAAAAUUCCCUUUCUUAGGUCAGUUAGGAUCACCACUUUAUUUUAAGAAUGUCAGAAUAAUAAUAGUAUAGAGAAUUAUUUAUUUCAGCUUUUAUUUCUUUCAUCACAUUCCCAGUGGGUCAGAAGUUUUACAUACACUCAAUUAGUAUUUGGUAGCAUUGCUUUUAAAUUGUUUAACAUGAUCAAACGUUUUGGGUAGCCUUCCACAAGCUUCCCAUAAUAAGUUGGGUGCAUUUUGGCCCAUUUCUCCUGACAAGCUUUAACUUCCUGAAUGAUGUCUUGAGAUGUUGCUUCAAUAUAUCCACACAAUUUUCCUCCCUCAUGAUGUCAUCUGUUUUGUGAAGUGCACCAGUCCCUCCUGCAGCAAAGGGACCCCCACAACAUGAUACUGCCACGUGCUUCACGGGGGAUGGUGUUCUUCGACUUGCAAGCGUCCCACUUUUUCCUCCAAACAUAACGAUGGUCAUUAUGGCCAAACAGUUCUAUUUUUGUUUCAUCAGACCAGAGGACAUUUCUCCAAAAAGUACGAUCUUUGUCCCCAUGUGCAGUUCCAAACCGUUGUCUGGCUUUUUCAUGGCGGUUUUGGAGCAGUGGCUUCUUCUUUGCUGAGCGGCCUUUCAGGUUAUGUCGAAAUAGGACUCGUUUUACUGUGGAUAUAGAUACUUUUGUGGAUAGAGAUACUUUUUUCCUCCAGCAUCUUCACAGGGUCUUUUGCUGUUGCUCUGGGAUUGAUUUGCACUUUUCGCACCAAAGUACCUUCAUCUCUAGGAGACAGAACACAUCUCCUUCCUGAGCGGUAUGACGGCUGCGUGGUCCCAUGGUGUUUAAACUUGCUUACUAUUGUUUGUACAGAUGAACGUGGUACCUUCAGGCAUUUGGAAAUUGCUCCCAAGAUGAAUCAGACUUGUGGAGGUCUACAAAUGUUUUGGCUGAUUUCUUUUGAUUUUCCCAUGAUGUCAAGCAAAGAGGCACUGAGUUUGAAGGUAGGCCUUGAAAUACAUCCAUAGGUACACCUCCAAUUGACUCAAAUUAUGUCAAUUAGCCUAUCAGAAGCUUCUAAAGCCAUAACAUAAUUUUCUGGAUUUUUCCAAGCUGUAUAAAGGCACAGUCAACUUAGUGUAUUUAAACUUCUGACCCACUGGGAUUGUGAUACAGGGAAUUAUAAUUGAAAUAAUCUGUCUGUAAAUAAUUGUUGGAAAAUAACUUGUGUCAUGCACAAAGUAGAUGUCCUAACCGACUUUGAAAUUUGUGGAGUGGUUGUAAAACGAGUUUUAAUGACUCCAACCUAAGUCUACGUAAACCUCCGACUUCAACUGUAUAUAUCACUGUUCUGCAACAUAUGGUUAAACUAUUGAGAUAUUUGUUGUGCUAGAUCUAAGGGACAAUGUUUACUUUUUAAAUGUUGUUUUAUAUUCUGAAUCUAGAAAAACAUGCUAACAAAAUUUUCCCUGGAGCAUUAUACAGUAUAGUGCUAUAAAAUAAGUAAGAAAUAAGUUUAAAUGACAUAUUUCUAUACUAUACUGUUAGAAUUAAACAAUCAAUACUUUUAAACACUUGUUGGACAAUACAUGUAAAAAUGAAAUGGUUUUUAUGGUGUCUGACGGGGUUGACAAUCCAGUUAGUUGCAUUUUAUGAUUUUGCUUUUGUUGAAUUAUGAGGUUUUUCCUUUUCAUGGUGUGAUAGCUGAUACUUUAAAGUUGUAUUAGCCAUAUGUACAGGAUACACAUGGUAUACACCAUCCAAUGAAAGGCUUAGGUUUUUUCUUUACAAUGCAACAACAAUUAGAAAUAAUAAAAUAUUAGAAUACGAACAUAAAGUAAAUGUCUCAGUAGAGUACAAUAAACAUUUGAGCAUAAAUAUAAAACAGGAUGGCACAAUUUAUAGUCCAAUAUUUACAUUUGUUUUGCGGGAUCAAGUGUUUAAAUUGUGAAGUAUUUACUAAUCAUAUUAAGUCUGGUAGCAGUGUGUGUGUGUGUGUGUGUGUGUGUGUGUGUGUGUGUGUGUGUGUGUGUGUGUGUGUGUGUGUGUGUGUGUGUGUGUGUGUGUGUGUGUGUGUGUGUGUGUGUGUGUGUGUGUGUGUGUGUGUGUGUGUGUGUGUGUGUGUGUGCAAGAAUGAGUGCAUGUGUGCUGAAAUGCGGAGAGUCAGUGAAGGUGGUCAGUCCAGUUCAAGUGUUCAGUCAGCAGAUGGCUUGUAGAUAGAAACUGUCUCUGAGCCUUUUGGUAUUAGACAUCAUGCUCCGAUACCAUCUGCCCGACGGUAAGGGAGUGAACAGCUCGUGGCUGGGGUGUGUGGGGUCCUUGAGGAUGAUGCUGCGGGCCUUCCUCAGGCACCGUUUUGAGUAGAUGUCCUGGAUGGGUGGCAGCACGGUCCCAGUAAUGUACUGGGUCGCCCUCACCACCCGCUGGAGAGCCUUGCAGUCGUGGACGGCGCAAUUCCCAUACCAGGCCUUGAUGCAACCAGUCAGGACGGUAUUUGAAAAUAUAUAUUUCAAAUGUUGUUAAUAUUAAGAAAAAUAUUUGUGAAAAGAAAUUUGAGAUUGUCCCAUCUCAUAAGAAUCCCUGAGUUCUGUUUUCAACCCCUUUAUAUUUGUCUCUAGAGUAGAGGCACUCAGUGUUUAGUUAGCUUAGUUAGCAUCAGCUCCUCUCUCUGUGAUAACAGAGGACUUGGUUUUUAUUAACUACCUCACCGAUAUGAGUUUCUGAAUGACAUAACAGUCCACAGCAUAUGGUCUAAAAAAAACAAUGUGAUUUUUUUUAAUUAUUUUUUUUAUUUGAAAAUGUACCAUUGUCAAUGUUAGAAGACUGCUAGAGUUGUAUGUAAUGUAUAUGUAAUUCAAAAGUACUAUGUCUAUUCAUUUAUCUAUUUUUUGUAAUAUGAUUUGUAGGUGAUGAGUGGUUGAUAUGUAUGUUAGAUGGAUGCUCUCCAGGGGAUUGAAAAAGGUUUGCUGCUCGACAUUUUUUCCUUUUUCUAGAUUAAAAUGUAUUUGAUGGCUUCUCGCCGUUCAAUCCCUAUAGGCCCUGUUUAUGUUUGGAACUGGACCCAUUCCCUGGCUGUGGUCAGGCCUAUCGCACACCAGAAACAAGGCUGCAUCCAGGAGGGUACAACAUUGUGGAACGUGCAAAUAGAUAUGGAAGCAUCUCAGUUCUUAUUCAUGCAAUCAAUGUAGUACGUUUCACACUCUUGAACGCAACCCAGGUUUCGUGGUGUUUUCCACAAAGGCCGGUUGUGUAAAUGUUAGCCUUUUGAUCUGGACAAGGCCUUACUACAGACCUACAGUAAUGUACACACUGGAAACGGCCGGUCAAUGUCAACCUUCAACUUCUGCAAAUAAAGGGUUGAAUUUGA